CGGAGUACGGGAACAGCUCACAGCGCUCCCACCGGAAAUGGCAAUUGUGAUCGGGUACUAGUUAUUAUUUGAGACGUGAUUUUUUGGAGGUCAUGUAGUACGGUGUGCCUUGAGGGGCAACAUUUUUUAAUUCGCCACUGAUCGUUCGCUUUUCGACCACUUUUAUGGCCCAUGUUAGUGGUCCCAGAUGCACGCACAACAUAACUGCCGCACAUCAUGUGAUUUUCUCGAUUGAAACUAACAACACAAAAGAGACAGUUGAACUUUUGCGAUGCUCACCACGUCAGUGUGGGCGUGGAAGGGUUCAGCCUUAAAAAAAAAAAAAGAGAGAGAAAAAAGUAAGACUCUAGACACAAGUCUUUCCGUCAAUCUUUCUGCAAGUAAAUCAACAUCUUUGGCAAGGUACAAACAGCAGUUUGACGGCUAAAGAAUGGCGAGGAAAACGAUUGUCAACACACUGACAUUAUGUACGCAACGAAAGGUCCCAGUUUGAGAAUUGGAGAAGACGACCUAAAGUGUAAAAAUGGUUGCGGAUUUUAUGGUACGCCAGAAUGGGGCGGUUAUUGUUCUCAGUGCAACAGAGAACAACGGAGGAAGACUGGCCACAGCAGUUUAUCUUCAGUUGAAAGAGGACACAGUACUGAAGGACAGUCAAGAACUUCUGUUGCUGGAUUCACAAAAUUUGAAGUUAAGAAGCGUCAGCAAGCUGAAAAAAGAACAAAGCUGCCAAAAUUUUUCAAGAAAACCAAAGAUGCUGGAAGAACUGAACUGCUCCAUGAAACACAUGUCAGAACUCCAGAACUUGAAAAACUGCAGCAAGAGCAUCAAGCUUUGUUUGAGGCUGUUGGACAGAGGGCUGAUCAGGAUGUUCACAAAUAUGUGCAUUCAGUAAUAAAGGCAGUUUCUAAAAGUGCAGAACAAAUCACAGCUAGUGAUGCAGAUGUGUCAGAAGUUGUGCAGAACUUUUACCAAAAUUUUGCAAAACGUAUGGAUGCAAGUGCCAGUUACUUUGGUCUCACACAGGAGGACAAGGAAAUGCUUUUGGAUUAUUUUGAGAAAUAUCUUAUGAUUGCUGUGUAUAGACUACUGUUUUGUCCUCCUUGGACAACUGAUGAAGAAAAGGAUUUAGCAAUCCAGAACAGGAUACGGCAACUGAGUUGGGUUAGUGCUAAACAUUUGGACUGCAGAAUUGAUGAAACAAAUUUAGAAGUUCGUGAUUUUGUGUACACUGCUAUCACAGAUAUUUUGGGAAUGGAUUCAGCCAAGGCACCACAAGAUAAGUUGGGCUGUGUGGUACGCUGUUGCCGAAAUAUUUUUUCACUCCUACAGCAGUCUGUAGGAGGUCCAGCAUCAGCAGAUGAUUUCCUCCCAGCAUUGAUAUUCAUUGUUUUAAAGGCAAAUCCAGCAAGGCUGAAGAGCAAUAUCAACUACAUUACUCGAUUCUGUAAUGCUAGCCGUCUCAUGUCUGGUGAAGGUGGCUAUUACUUUACUAAUUUGUGUGGUGCUUUGUUUUUUAUUGAAAAUUUAACAGCUGAAUCCCUUAACAUGCCUGUUGAAGAAUUUGAUCAAUAUAUGUCUGGAGAAUUAGCACCUCCAAGUACUUGGGAGUCAGCACUCCUGAUGUGUGAGGGAAUGCAUUUAAUGUAUGAGAACUUGGCAAUGUUGGAAGAUUUAAGAACAAGGCAUGAAAGUCUUAUGAAGGGAAUAGCAGAACUUAAAGAGAAAAUAUAUAAUUCUAAGAAUGAAGUGACUGUGAAAGUUGAAGCUGUUCUGGCACGCACACCUCUCAAAAUUCGCCCAAGGAAGACUCCAACCAAUAUUGACUCGGAUGAUCCAACAUGCCAGGCCUUGCCCCCACCAAUUACUCCGCAGGUUGUUGCUCUAAAAACUGAGAUUUCAAAGAAAACCGAUGAAACACAGUGUUUAACUGAUAAGAAAUUACCAAUUCAAGAAGCAGAGUUGUUUUUAGCAGAGUCUAUUCCUGCUUCUACAUCUUAUGACUACCUUUCUUCACCUUCUCCAGGGUUUGGGUUUUCUGAUGGCCUCAAUGGACUGGCAACACCAGAUGAGAUCUUUGCCGCCCAGGAGAGUUUGAGUUUUGUCCAAGGAUUAGCAUCAGUUAAUUAUGACAUUGAUAUUUCAGAUCUCAGUACAGAAAAUAGCUGUGCUGAUGAUCCUAUUUCACGCACUUCUCCUAAAGCUGAUGUGACUUUACCUAUUGAAACAAAACCUAUUGACGAAUCAGCUUCGUCACUCUUAGACAGCACUGAAUCUCCGACUGGGGGCCUUCUUCCUUCUCCGAUAAAACCGGUGUUAACAGCAGAGUAUCAUGGCUUCUCCUCACAAGGACCACAAAUACCAAGCAUACCAUGUGAUACAGGAGAUACGAUGGUAGUACUUCCAGAACCACAGUCAUUAGCAGCCUCUAAUACUGCCAGAGAAGUAUUGAGUCCUGUGAGAAAUGACAGGUAUGGCUCACAUAAUUCAAGCCAGGUGACUUCUAGUAGCAGGCAGAGUUCUAGUCAAGUAGAAGAAACUUUAGUAAAGGCACUAAGUGAAGUAAUGAACACUUUUGAUAAACUCUUUUGAUAAGUUACAUGUGUGUGUUUAUAUUUUGCAUCACAAUUUCUUUCCUUAAAGUACAAAAUAUUCAGGAUAUGGUUCAGAAUUUACUUUUGAUUUUAUAAAUAAUGUAUAUUUUAUAACUAGAAUCCACACAUUUGAAAGACUGCAGUUGUCAGUUGUGAACUGCUAUUUGAAAUUCGUUUUUAUUUAAAUAUGUGAUUUUAUCAAGGUAAUUAGUAGUAUUUUGUUUGUAAAAUACAAACAUUAAUUGGUGUUCCACACAAAUUGUUCAUAACAUUACUAGAAUUAUCCUGACAUUAGUUGAAUUCUCGAUUAGCGGUUGGCAAGUCUUGAUAGAAGAACAAAAAGAAACCCUCUUUUCACAUUGAAAAUGUAAGUGAAGUGUUUACUUUUGUUCUUGAAAUCAUAAUGGUUAAUGAUACAUCACUCACUGCAUAAAAAAACUUCAGUUGUUGGGUCAGUGGAAAUCUAAGAAAAUAAACUCCACAUGUUAGACAGUUGUGAUAAGACUGAUUUGUAGUAUGCAACCAUUCCUGAAGGAUGUGUUUGCAUUGUACAGAACAUGAAUUACUUUACGGAACUCAUUGGUCUGCUUAGAUCAGUGAAAAAUAGUUUGAGUGUUCUUUAUCCACAUUAUAGUUAGACUCUUUAUUUGAAUUUUAUCCCAUUUACAGUAUUUGUUAUUGAUAGUAGAUACUCUUCAUGACAGCAUCAACAUAUGAAAUAGCUACACAAUUUUAAUGAGGUUUCUGAUCGUUAUUAGAGACUGCAGUAUAAGCAGGAUGAAUGUAUUGAAGAGUAUUUGGAGUUACUUGUUGUAACUGACAUCAAUAACUUCUUUUUUCAUUUCCUCCCUUUCUAGUUUAAUUCCUUGUGUUCUACGAAUAUAUAUCUAACACCAGUGGUGCUACUUCUGUAUGCAGUUACACCAAUACCAGAGUUACUGUCUUUGCAUAUUAAUUCUGGUGUACAUUUCAGCUGUAUUCAUCAUUGCUCACUUACUUUAAUAUGUAUUGAUGUAGAGACAUCUAAUGUAUAAAGACUUGCAACAAUGACAAUGUAAAAUGUUUUAUGUUUAUUUCAAACUGUGAUCAUGUUAAAUAUAUUUAAGUAAAUGCCUGAAAAUCAGUUCCCAUUAUUUGACAUCAGUAGCUUUGAUGACAUGAAAAGUCUACACAUAUCUGUCAGAAAUAGUUCAUAAGUAUAAUAACACAGCCAAGAUAAAAAUUAAAAAUGUCUGUUGUUGUUCGUAAGAAUUAAUGUUAUAACAGUAAGAAUUGAGUAAGAAUUGCUGACUUUGGGGUGGGUUGGAUUUGGGAGGGGGGGGGGCGGGGCAGUGGAGGGAGGGAAUUAAUUUUUUUUUUUUUUUUUUUGUCAAGAACAAUUGCUUGACAUAUUUCAUCAAUUAGAUGUUCCCCACACUGUCGCAAUUCCUUGGUGAGUGAAAUUUGCCAUGGUGCACCAUGGCGGUGGUGGGGUUGUCCCUCAGUGCAGCGAAAUUUGCCAUAGGGGCUUGCCAUAGCCAAAUGUUUGCUACAGUGAAUCACAAUCAUACAUUAUCUCUCAAAAGCCAGACUUUUCUGCUGCAUUGAAUAACAGUAUUUUUUCACAAACAGUGCAAAUAAAAACUGCACUAAAAACAGAAAAAUUGAAUCCUGUAUUCUAAAAUGAAAUCAGUUUCUGUUUUUUAUGUUCAGUUUUCUUGUGACACAGUACCCCCAUCUGUGAAAAUCUUGGAAAUAUUGUGCAUUCAUCAUUCUGAUGGCACUUAAUUUCAAUAUUCUGCAUUUGGUAACUGUUAGAAAACAAUAACUUUACGUACUAAGAAUUUUUGUAUGUGAUCCUUGGUUCAGAAAUUGUCUCCAGGUAAUGGUGGCUGUUUAGUAACAUUCUUGAUCUGUCAGGCUUAAUUGGCUUGUACCUCUGUAUGUAAAUAGUUCAGCUAACAUUAACACAGGAGCACGCACCUGCACACCCUCCCCCCCCCCCCCCUCUCUCUCUCUCUCUCUCUCUCUCUCUCUCUCUCUCUCUCUCUCUCUCUCUCUCUCUCUCUCUCUCCACCGAGCUCCCUGAGUUGGCGGUCAUAUGUGUGAUUUGCUUGUGUGAAUGAAUGGGAUGCGUUUCUUUUUUGGAUGUAGGCUGUAACUGAAAGCUAAUAUGUAAAGGUCUUUCAAUUGUGCCUGUCUGCAACUUACAUGUCAUCUUUACGGUAAGUAGCAAUCAAUCUUUUCCUUACAUUGUUGAUAUUCCAUCCUGGAGUUUUCUCUCUUAUAUAGAGCUAACUUUUAGACAAAAACCUAAUCAUAUUGUUAAGAAACACCACGACUUCAUUUGGGUGCAAGUUUGGUGACCAGGAGAGGAGACAGUAUCCCAGUCUUUACUGUUACACAUUUGUUGCCAUACUGAAAGACUGGAUGAAAAAAAUAUGUCUUCUGAAUUUUGCUGUUUCCAUAAUGUGGAUAGAACCAAUGGAUCAUACAACAUAUUUUUAUUUUCAUCUCACAAACAUAGAAUCACCUCAAAAACAAAACAGAAUUUGUGUAAUAUCCCAAUUCCCCAACUUCAAUAAGGGAUGUUUAAGAAUCGAAGUCUCAUGUAUAAAACAGCUUCAGAUGAGCAUCAAGCAUGUAAGCAAGAAAAAGUUCAGAAAAGGUUUGAAAUUUUAUACACAGUUUUUUGGAAGUUGCUAUGUGGUUUCAUUCUCAAAUACUGGGUGAAUAUAGCCCAGGCAUUCAUGCAUAUCAUGAGUUACAUUGCUUCAAGAUAUAAUACUUGUCUUACUGUGCUAAUCCUGUAAUCUAAAAUUACACAACUUAGUGAGUAAGCGUGUAACAUAAAAUCAUAAUCCUUAGUAGAUUUUAAAUUUUUAAAUUUUGUCAGUAAAUGAAGAGUUGACAUGGAAAAGGAUAUAUGUGCCAAAAAGUAAAUUUUUCAGGAGAAACAAAAAAGUUUUAUUGGUACUAUACGUAAAAAAAAAAAAAAAACGGUUUGUAUGUUUUGUAUGUAAAAAUGGCAUUGUUCAGUGUUUUGAAUUAUUCUCAAUAAUUAAAUUAUCAAACAUUUAUAUAAAGCAUUGUUAUCUACAGCAGUACAGAAUUUGUAGGAAUCGAUUGCCUUGCUGAACUUGUUAUAUUUUGAGACAAAGUAAUCCAGCACGGCCAAUAAAUCUUUUUUAUUGCCAUAACUGAUUGCCGUGUUUACCGCAUAUUAUGGUUAUGUGACGUACAUAGUAAAAUCACAUGUUGUUUGUGCAGCUGUGCUGUGUAAGCCGCAUUGUGUACUGUACAGGCAACGGAUCGGUUAGCUGUGUAGUUUAUGAUGUUAACUGUGUUCGUGCAAGCUCUGCUUUCAGUGCCACAUGUCUACAGUAAUGAGGAAUGUGCAGAUAUGGUGUAUGUUUGUGGGUUCUGUGACGGUAGUGCUACCGCUGCAAGAGAAGAAUAUCACACAUGCUUUCUGACUCAAUGAUUACCGGAUCGCAGGGUGUUUACCAGAGUGUUUAUCACUUUGGGUGCAACAGGCUCUCUUCCAUUAUGACAUUUUUCAUCUGAGCCUGCACGCCAACAAACUUUACAAGAACAGGAAAAAAUUUCGCAAGUGUUGAGCAAAGUCCCAGUACAAGCAUACGAAGAAUGUCCCUACGUAUGAAUGUCCCACAGACACAUGUAUGGGAAACAUUACAUGCGGAAAACCUGUAUCCAUUUCAUAUACAGCAUGUCAAAAAUCUCCACGUUAGCGACAAUGCCCAGCGACUUCAAUUCAGUCACUGGGUAAUUGAGAAUAGUCAUUUGCUGCCAUACAUACUAUUCACUGAUGAAGCCCAGUUUUCAUGGCAUGGAAUAAACAACACAUGCAAUAAUCAUCUAUGAUCACGGGAAAAUACACACAGUUCAGUGGAUAGCAAUUUCCAAGUUUGUUUGGCCAUAAAUGUUUGGUGCGGCAUGAUCGGCAAUCUUUUGAUAGGUCCAUUUAUUAUCAGUCAGCGAUUGACGGGAGAGGUACCUGCAUUCUUUGUGACAUUCAUUUGUGGAACUAUUGGAAGACACUCCUUUAGCCAAGUGAACUGGAAUGUACUUUCAACAUGGUGGUGACCCUACACAUGUUAUCUUACGUGUGAGGGACCAUCUCAACCGCACCUAUCUUAUUCGCUGGAUUGGCCAUGGCGCUGCUAUUAACUGGCCUCAAAGAUCACCUUUAGAUUUCUGUUGUGUGGUUGGAUGAAAUCAGAGGUGCACAAAGUGAAGGUAAAUACACAAGAUGAACUGCUUCGUCGCAUCUUGGACGCUGCUGAAUUGAUUAGGAACCAACCACACGCAAUUGAACAAGAAACACAACACAUGUUAUCACUAGAGCACAAAAGUGCAUUGGCAUUCAUGGUGGGAUAUUCGAACCUGUUCUGUGAACUGUACAACAUCUGUACGAAAAGUGUUAAAGCCAUUUGUAAAAGACAUGCUAUAUCUUUUUGAUCUGAAUACAUGUAACAUGCAUGUUGUAAUGCAUUCUGUACUAAAUGCAAAGUAAAUAAACAUGAUGUAAAAAUGUGUAACAAACUGUA